AUGAGUGACGACAUACAUCCCGACGAACAAUCGAAUUAUGAGACGUUUCGCGAAUGCCUUAGCGACCCCGUCCUUCGAAUUCUAGCAAGGCCAAUUGAGGGCACUAAGAGCAGAAAGAGGAGAAAAGGGAGACUGAGUUCUGUCAGAAAUCACUCGAAAGAUAAAACUUCAAUUGAGCCGGUCUCAACAGUCCAGAGUACCGACCUGAAUGAUGGAAGCGAUGCUGAGGAUCUAGGGGAAUUCAUAGAUUAUCUAUCAAGUCUCAUAUUCCCAUCUUUGCCAGAGACUCUCCGGACAUUAUCAUACGCCAAAUGGAAAGACUCAGCACGACUACAAGACGAAUACUCCACACCUGUCACCGCAUCAACAACGACAAACCUCCUCUCCACCAUCUCCCCAAUCGCAAUCGAGAACCUCUCUUCCUACAGCCUCCUCCCACCAGAACCCGACGCCACAGACCUGCACAACUUCUUCCACUCCAUCCUCGACGCCUACAUCACCUCCACGACGUCCCCGCCGCCGAUCUGGACCACGACCCGCACCACCGAGUGCGAGCUCUGCCACCGCGACUGGAUCCCCCUGACGUAUCACCACCUGAUCCCGCGGUCCACGCACGAUCGGGUUCGGAAGCGCGGCUGGCACGCCGAGGAGAUGCUGAACAGCGUCGCUUGGUUAUGCCGUGCGUGCCACAGCUUCGUGCACCGGGCUGCGAGCAACGAGGAGCUAGCGAGGGAGUUCUGGAGCGUCGAAUUGUUGGAGGAGAGGGAGGACGUGAGGGCUUGGGUUAAGUGGGUGGGGAGGGUGCGGUGGAGGAAGAGGUAG